AUGGCAGUUAUGAAUGCAGAUGUAAUAACUGCAGCAACAUUUAGGAAGGCCUUUGCAGAGUGGUGCUAUUGUCAAUUUGAACUGGCUUCGCUACAACUUCAGGAUUGGAGAAAAUGCCCACCAUGCAGUGUUGACCAACACUCUUGUCAUAUUGAUGGCAACCACAAGGUUUAUAGAUAUGAUAAAGUAUCAAGGGGUACAAGUCCUUCUUAUUACAAUGACCAUCUGAUUGUCGAAAAUGCGAAAGUAGAUUCUCACAUAAGAAGCUUGAAUUCCAAAAUCACGAAGAAAGAUAUGAAAGAAGAUAGUUCUUGUGGUGAUACGCAUUGGAAAGCUGCAAAAGCUGUGUCGAAAGCGAAGAAGAACCAAGAUGAAACUGGAUUGGUAGUGGCUGGCUGCAGACAUUCUGUUUGUCAAGCCGCCUUGAAUAUGUUUAGAGGAGAAGUUUAUGGUUAUGCUCACUAUCUACAUUUAAACUUUGUUCAUCCAAACAAUGUUAGGUUCUUGUGGGAGAUGUGA